CUGACGGCCAGACAUCCCAUUCACAGUGUAAGUUAGCUAGCAGCAUCAGCUAAUCAAAUCACAGGACUGUACGAGAGAUACGAGUACCUUCCACUGUUUUCUGGCGAACUGUAGCUGAGCAAAUUCGUAUCUUUAAGGAUUAACGUUAACGCAAGCGUUAUCUUGAAAACGGAGAGAUUCCCCUCGUCGUGUCAAGUGGCUGCGAUGAUUUGGACCAAGGAUUUCGUCUUGGUGUCGCUUUUUAUUGUCACUGCAGGUGCUUUGCAGGUGGACAUCAUGCCAGCCCAGGGGGAGAUCAGUGUCGGAGAGGGCAAAUUCUUCCUCUGUGAGGUUGUUGGAGGUGCCAAGGAGAUCGACUGGUUCUCUCCUGCGGGGGAGAAGCUGGAGCCGAACCGCCCGGACAUCACGGUAUCCCGGAGCGACGAAGCCACGUCCACCCUCACCAUCUACAACGCCAAGCUGGACGACGCCGGAACCUACAAGUGCAUGGCUCGCCGUGGCAACGACGAGGGAGAGGCCACGGUCAACGUCAAGAUCUACCAGAAAAUCACGUUCAAGCACGCGCCGACGCCCCAGGAGUUUAAGGAGGGUGAGGAGGCCGUCAUCGUGUGUGACGUGGUCAGCUCGCCGCCACCUCAGAUCAUCUGGAAGCACAAAGGCUCCAAGAUUCAGAUGGAGAAGGAUGUGCGCUUCAAGGUCCUGCCCAACAACCACCUCCAGAUCCGCGGCAUCAAGAAGACGGACGAGGGCACGUACACGUGCGAGGCGCGCAUCAUGACGCGCGGAGAGAUCGACCUCAGACCCAUCAGGGUCGUCGUCAACGUCCUCCCCACCAUCCGGAUCAGGCAUGCGGAGGUGAAUGCGACGGGGGAGGCGGGGCAUACGGCCCUGCUGGCCUGCGACGCUGACGGAUUCCCCGAACCCACCGUCACCUGGGCCAGGAACUCGGAGCUGCUGGAGGGAGGAGACAAGUACACCUUCACCGACGACGGCUCGGAGAUGACCAUCCGAGACGUGCGCAAGCUGGACGAGGGGGACUACACGUGCAUCGCCUCCAACAAGGCCGGCAGCAGCGACCAGGAGCUCAGUCUCAGGGUGUUUGUGAAGCCCAAGAUCACGUUCCUGGAGAACCAGACGACCACGGAGAUGGAGGAGCAGAUCACACUCACCUGCGACGCCACCGGAGACCCCACCCCCACCAUCACCUGGAGCUUCGGCAAGCGCGUGUUCACCGAGGGAGAUCAGGAGCCUCCUAACUGGAUCUAUCAGGCUUCUUGGACUCGGCCAGAGCAGCAUAAGAGCUCGGACGGGAACGUGGUGGUGCGGAGCGACGCGCGGGUGUCCUCGCUCACGCUGAAGGAGGCGCGCUACACUGACGCCGGCCAGUACGUGUGCACCGCUCGCAACGCCAUCGGACACGACGCACAGUCCAUGUUCCUGGAAGUCAGAUAUGCGCCUAAGCUCCUGGGUUCUGUGACCGUGUACACGUGGGAGGGGAACCCCGCCAACAUCAGCUGUGAGAUCCUGGCGCACCCCAGCGAGGUGUCGCUGUACUGGCUACGAGACGGCAUCAUGAUGCCCUCCCCCAACACCACCAACAUCAAGAUCUACAACACACCCACCGCCACCUUCCUGGAGGUGACCCCUGAAUCUCAAAAUGACUUCGGGAGCUACAACUGCACAGCCUCCAAUGAGAUCGGCACAGAGUCCAAAGAGUUCAUCCUCGUCCAGGCUGAGGUGCCGUCGUCUCCCUCCAUCGACCUGGUGGAGCCGUACUCGAGCACGGCCAAGGUGGAGUUCCAGGAGCCGGAGUCUGCGGGCGGCGUGCCCGUCCUCAAGUACCGCGCCGAGUGGAGGCAGGAGGGCAGCAGGGACGGCAAGUGGACACAGCGCGUCUACGACGCCAGAGCAGACGCAGACGUGAGCACUAUCACCAUCACUGGUCUGAAGCCAGAGACGCACUACGAGGUCCGGAUGUCUGCCAUCAAUGGGAAGGGCGAGGGGGAGAGCAGUUUGCCCACCGUCUUUAAGACCGAGCCUGUCCGAGAGCCCAAUGCCCCUGAGCUGAAGGGGAUUCUGCAGCCACCGGGCAACACCUUCAAGGUCAGCUGGAUCAAACAGGACGACGGAGGCUUACCCAUCACACACUACCUGGUCAGGUACAAAGCGAAGAAGUCGGCGGAGUGGAAGCAGGAGGUGAGUUUGCCCAGUGGCAGCGAGUACGCCCUGCUUAACGGCCUGGACUGGGACACCGACUACGACGUGCUGGUGGUGGCCGAGAACAAUAAGGGCAAAUCCUCACCCGCCAACCUGGCCUUCAGGACUGCAGCGGAGCCCGCCUCCACGCCAGAUUCCAUGAGCGACGAUGAAAACCUGAACACGGGCGUGAUCGUGGGCAUCCUGAUCGUGGUGUUUGUGCUGCUGCUGGUUGCCGUGGACAUCACCUGCUACUUCCUGAACCGCUGCGGACUGCUCAUGUGCAUCGCCGUCAACUUCUGCGGCAAGACCGGCCCCGGCAGCAAGGGCAAGGACAUCGAGCAGGGCAAAGCUGCCUACAUAAAAGACGAGUCUAAUCAGCCAAUCGUGGAGAUGCGAACAGAGGAAGAGACCACCGCCAACCACGACGCGGGGGGUCAUACCGAGCCCAAUGAGACCACCCCCCUCACCGAGCCAGAGAAGAGUGUGUCCGAUGACAAGAGCAAGCUGGUGGCGGAGGAUGCCAACGUGAAGACGGCCCCCGCUCCCGCCGACCCCCCCACUGCCCCCGCCACGCAAGCCAACAGCACCGAGAGCCGAGCAUGAUCCCGCCGCCCGCUCACACACACACACACACACACAGACACACACACACACACACACACCCGGCCGCUCCCUCCACGGCCAGGCCAGGGUGUGUCGUCUGUUUCCAGUGCCCUUAAUUCAGUCUCAUGACCAACCAUCCACUACGUCAAUCUAACCAUGUGUGUGUGUGUGUGUGUGUGUGUGUGUGUGUGUGUGUGUCUGAAGCUGUUUUUACAGCUCAAUCUGAGGACAUUCUUACACACCUGCUGUUGGUUUCCAUGUGAACACACACACACGCACACACACAUGCACACACACAGACACACACACACCUACACCUACACACACACACACAAACACACACGUCAUCCAAAGGAAAGAUUGCAUCAUAUCUUGGUGUCCACCCCAUGGUGUUCCCGGGGCCGUGAGGUUUUAGCUGGACCUGUGUGGCCGGAGCCAGGAACAGAUCUAAUAAUGAGAUCUCUACAUGUAACUAUUCAGGACAGAUGAAUAUGAUAGGACAUAUGCCCCUGUAGUUAUUUUAUGAUUUACCAUGUCACCUUGUUCAAGUGUAAAAUGAUGAUUUCUGGUAUUUUUUUUUUUUUAUCUAUCUUGUCUCGCGGGAGGGCUAAACUCCUGAGGUAGUAUGCUGGUCGGCGCCAUGUUACUUUGUGUUUGUACUUCCACCUGUGUAUGACGACCAUGCGCUUACGCUUCAGCGCACAACAGCUGAUAUGGAAGAGCACCAGGGACGCAGGCAUGCUCUGUGUGUGUGUGCGUGUGUGUGUGAGAGAGAGUAUGUGUGUGUGUGCGUGUGUUUGAAAGGUCCUGUUCUCAUUCCUGCAAAUGUGGGAGCUAUUUUUAAAUGAAUGUUACCAUCAGGAGUUUGACAUCUCUUCAUUAUGGUUGUUCUCUCAUAGGUAUCUAAUCUUGGACUAUUUUUAACUCCUAAGGUAAAAUAUAUACCCUUACGGACAUUGACAACUAAUAACAUCAUUAUUUAAACCCAUAGUUAGUCCUCGUGAGUGUCCAGAAGAAAGGAAAAAAAUGUCUCAUUUUUUGUACUGUGUACUUUCAGAGAGCAGUUUGUUUUUCACUGUUGACUGCAAGCUUGUGCACUGUGAUUGUGUUAAUAAAUAGUUAUUUGUUAUACGUUGAAAAGAGAAAAGAAAAAGAUGAAAAGAUGAGGUUCAGCUGCCCAGUCGGGUCCAGCAGCGCCGCAGUGUGUCCUGUUUCCCGUGCGACUGUUUUUUCUUUUUUUUUUUUUUAAAGAAAAAAAAAAAAAAGAUCAGAGAGUGAACUCAGGAUGGCCCACCAAAACUGUGUAUCGCUCUGUGGUCGUUGCCAUGGUGUCAGUUAUUGCAUGGCCGUCUGAUUGGUCGUUUUUUUUUGGCAUUAAAGGAAGAGCCCCGCCCCCUCCACUGCACCUCCCUCCAGCCCGCAGCUCCAUGACGACGGCUGCCGGACUCCAUGGUUACAGAGCCGCUUACGCCUCUGGGCCAGAUAAGAGGCCAGAUCUGAGCCAGGCCACACACACACACACACAAGACACUCCACUUAAGAACUCAAACACACACACACACACACACACACACACACACUCCACAUAACACACAAUCACAGCUUAUACACAUUCCAAACAACUCUCAACAACCCAUCUUCAGCUCCCACACAAGCUCCUGUCCACACACACUACUCACAUGCUCACUCCAGUACACACACACACACACACACACCCCUCCAGCGGAUGGACCCUCUGCAGACACACGCUGCACCUGUAGUGCAGGCUGUGGUGCCACCUGCGGCUUGAGGUGGAGUUGGUGCCGGGGCAGUUAGGGGGGGAGAGGUAACCAGCAGGUCGCCUCUGAGGCUGGAGAAGGGAGCUUCUGCGAGGGUUGAUGGGUAAUAUUUCCCAGAAUCCUCAUAGCCGGGAGAGGGGCGGGGUCUGGCCUUUAAGGUGAUGAAAUCUAUGCUUGUAUUUGACUGUAUAUUUGAAG